CACGAGGAGUUCCGAUGGAAAUGUUUACACACUCUACACACAUUUCAAUACACGUGUGAUAGAAGAGAUAGUGUUGUGUAACGACGAUUUUCAACUUUUCAGAACAUUGCGUCAAAUUCAUCAAGUUAUACAAGAUUUAUGUUGUAUAACUUGUUCUUUAAAUACUCACUCACUGAUUCAACAGCAAAUCAUACGAAGAAAAGUCUCCGGAAGUGCUAAUGGCUGUGUAAAACUGCAAGAUUAUCCAAGAGACAGGUCCCAUUUUAUGUAUACAGCAGUCAUUUUUCGUGGACAGAAAACUUUUUUAUCAACUUCGCCCUCAUUUAAGAUGACCAGUAUUCUGAAAACGAUUGGUUCUGUGGUAUCAUCCAAAGGCCUGGACAAGCCCUCAUACGAGGUCCUGAGCUCAGAGAACAACUAUGAAAAGCGUAAAUAUCAGGCUGCCAAAUGGGUCAGCACUUCUGUACAGAGUAUGCAGCACGAUGACGCCAGAAGCAUAGGCUUCCAGAGGUUAUUCAAGUACAUCACGGGAAAUAACCAAUCAGAGAAGAAAAUUGAAAUGACAGCACCUGUGUCAACGAAAGUAGAACCAGGAGCAGGACCGAAUUGUGAAAACACCUUUACAGUGUCGUUCUUCAUCCCCCCUGAACACCAGGAAAACCCGCCUCAACCAAAAAAUCCAGAUGUGUUCGUGGAGGAGCGGCCUGGGUUCGAGGCCUACGUGAGGACAUUUGGAGGAUUCGCUAAUGAGGAAUCAUGGGUAACUGAAGCACGGAAACUUUCGGAGGACCUGAAAGAGAAGACGGAGGAAAUUCGACAGGAUUACUGGUACUCAGCAGGUUAUAACAGCCCAUUCCAACUGUUUGGUAGAACCAAUGAAAUCUGGUUUGUUAAAAAGUGACACUUUCUACCCACAUAUGAAAAGUUAGUUACUGUUAGUGAGGCUGGUUUAAGAGCCUGGAUCUACAUGCAGGUGUAACCAAGGAGACGAGUUACUCCGUUGUCAGGGAAACAUACAAGUAGCUACAUCAGUAACAAAAUGUGAUUACUGGAUUAAUUACAGGACUAUUGUAAAUGUAGUUUACAAAAACAUGCAUUAUUUAUUUGUAAGUAGUUAAAGAAAUCUACAAUUUCAAAUUGAAAAUAUUUCUGUCACAAUUUUGUAAUGAUUUAUAUUAGAAUUGUAAUUUCAUCUGUUUAUUCGCAAUAUUUUUAAGUGGAAGACAAUUAUGAGAAAUGGUAUGAAAUUGUUUUUUUGUCAAAGAAAUGGUUCAUUCAAUUCUAUUUUCAUUUAAUUGUUUUACAGUCAAACCAGAACUUUAUUUUUCUAUGGGAGCUAAUAAGAAAACCUCAUCAAUUUGUAAUAAACAUUGAAUGUGAUCUGUGCAAUACAAAUUAUUUUUGAUAA